GUUUGAUGUGUCCUGGGGCAUAUAAGAGGCAGCCAUUUCGUCCAACAACCCAGGUCCACUCUCCGUCCUCUAACUUUCUUCCAUGUGUCACUGGCGAAGAGUUCGUAAUACGUACAGCCAAUGCGGCCAUGUUUUCGACUUGGCCGACGAAAUGAUCCGAUGUGAUGAUCGUUAUUGCAAAUUUAGCUCAUCUCAUCCAAGUACUUGCGUGCCGCCUUCGUGCACAACAACAUGCUGGCAAUAUCGCCAGUUCCCCCAACAAUUUAACCGUUUCAUCGACUCGGUUUGUCCUGGCUGUACACAGUCAGGCCAAGGCAGAUAGAGUUUGACGUCGAGAGGAUGUAGAAGCUGUACGGUAGAUAGGACCAGAGAGGUGCUGGUAGUAUGUAUGUCGGUACCUUUGGGUGAUGGCGGUGAAGAUGCAUCGAUGAUCGGUGAUUAGGAGAGCGGUGCGGAGAGAUCGAUGGAUAUGAUAUUUCCUUGCAAUUUCCACUGUAUGUUUUUUUGGAUCUUGAAUAUUGUUCGCUAUAGUGAUUUAUGA